AUGACUAUAUACGAGUCAGAUCUGGCGGAAAGGUACGAAAAACCUAUGGUAUGGAUUGGGGAGUACAUCGCUUUAGCAUCUCUGUGUUGCAUCCUUGCAAUGGUGGCUGAUUUAUUACAUGGUACAAGAAGCAGAAAGCUAUGGUUUCCAUGUAAUUACUUUACUAUUAAUGCGGCUUCUCUCGCUGUGAUAGCUGUAGCAAUGAAGUUACCUGUGGAUCUAAGUGGUUCCAUGCCUGGUACUGUGGACCAAGUGGCAAAGCUUGGAAGUGUGGCGUUUAUGUGCACCAUGAUGGCCAAUUUAUUACCUUGUUUAGCUACCAUGGACAGCAAAGCUAUGUUGGCAAACAUCACAGCUUUGGGUGUUCUGGCGUUCACCUUGGUGGUGAAUGUUUGCAUUCAAAUACAAACUGGUGUUGUAUCUCGCGGCCAUAGUCCGAUCAUAGUGGUGGACCCAAGAGAUAUUCAAAUGGUCUAUUUUGAGAUUCCUGGAAUAGUCUUAGAAGGAGGGUACCCUGACCCCUUAGAGGUCUUAUUUGGUGUUUCGUAUCCCACAAUAGCCGCAAUUUAUGUGACUAUGUUACUCGUUUUGUUAAUAAUCCAUGUAUCUUCAUCUUUAGCGAUUCUGAAAUCCAAGCAGAUUAUAGAACUCAAAUACCAAAAAGCUCAUGAAGCUGCUUCAACAUACAUUCAACAGUUAAACGGUGACAUGUUAACAGUUGAGAAGCUUGAACCAUAUGUAGAGAACUACUGGAUCAUGGCAGGAAGUGGCAGCCCCCAAUUCAUCAUUGCUUGCUCGGCGACAACCACUGCCUCUGGGGUAAUAUGUGCUUUAACCACUAUCUUGCACAUCUUUACUGUUGGUUGGUCAAUUUCAGAAUAUACGUUUAACGACUGUGGUUCAGCUUAUGGCAAGACAACGCAGCAGAUUCUCAUUGUACAAUUUAUCGGAGUCCUACUUGGUACAGUUGCACCACUUUCUAGAUGUUUUGCAUCAUUAAGCUUUAAGGUGUCCAUCGAAAGCAUUCGGAACCAUAUUAAGGUUUGUAAAGUAGAAAGCUAUUGGACUCAGAAGUUAUCUGAUUGGAAAGAUAGUUGCAUUCCAUUUUCAUUUCGUAGCCACAAACGCAUGGUGGUCAUUAAGAAUAUGAAAAGCCUAAUUCUGAAUUUUUCUAUAAAACUUCAGAAAGGAGUUGUGGUAGUAUGCAAGGUAAUUGCGCUGAACCCGUUUUUCUUUAUGAUAUGUGUCUUGUAUGGUCUGCGAUGUUUGAAGUGGUUAUUACAACUCGUCUUUUGUUCAUCGGGCAACAAAACAAACGAAUCGAAAGGAAUCACCUAUGUUUUGCAACUUGAAAACGAAAAGGAGCUUGCUGAGAGCACACUGAAAGGUCUUUCUAAAUCUUUUAAGCAAUUGAUCCGGAGGAGUGAAAAGAAACAACCCAAAAAUCUGAUGAAUCUUGUUAAGACCAAAACGACGAAAGGUUUUCAAGGAGUUAGAAUGUUCGGCAACAACGAUCAUCAUGUUCAAUGUUCAUCAUCAAAAGUAGAAUGUCGUGAUUGCUGGAGCUUAGCGGUUGUAACCUUAGCAACCAUUGUGCUUACUCUUCGCAUGAUAAAAAACAUGGAAGUUGAUAGCUUGUUGAAAAGUGUGAGGGAAGGUCUUGACUAUGUGACACUUGUGGAGAAAAACCUCAAUGCUACACCUGAAUAUGUAAGAAUUCAAAAGGUGGCUAAAAGGUUGUGGGAAGAAGUUGAUGUCUACCACAUAUGGUUGGGAAUCAAGUUGAAAGAUGCUGCUUCUCACGUAACUACAAGUGCUUGUCAAGAGGACGCAACAUUGCAAAUUGUUCAGUUUUUCUCAAGAAAAGCCAAAAACAAGAUUAGCGAAGGUGUGGAAAGUAAGAACGGUGAUGCUAAGUUCACGUCUAUUUGUGCCAACUCAAUGUCUCGUAUCACUGAAACAAUCAUCGGCGAUCACAAUGAAAGCCAAAAGAAAUCAUUUGAUGAAUUGAUAUCAUCGCGGAUUGCUGAUAUACUGGUUGCAUGUCUCACCAACUUACCCCAAGUCAUAGCAAUGGGAUGCCACACAAAUGUCAUAGAGAAAAGGGAGGCAUGUGUCAAAGCUGCAGCCCAACUUCUAGGUGAGACUAAGGAGAUUGUCGAAACCCUUCAAGGCCGAUCUAUGGAAGUUCCAAGUCUAAAACGAGAAGACUUGCCAUUUAUUGACAAAUGGCAUGCAGAACCCUAA